CAUAGAUAUAAGGUUCCGCGUGUGGUCUGUAGUCUUUCUGGUUAGGCUGCUGUUAGUUUAGUUCUACUUCCUCCCUGUGAUCUGCCUGAAUAACUGUUGGACAAAAGUGUUAUCAACAUUUCUGCAGUAAAGGAGGACAACUUUUACUCUCCCAUUAAACCUUCCUCUCAGACAGAUACAUUUCUUAGUCUGGUUCAUCUCUGCUGCCAUGGAGACGUAAACAACCCCAGGAGGGUUGUUCCAUUCAGGGGGAGAGGGGUGACCAGCCAUACCCAGGGCUGUGUGUGUGUGUGUGUGUGUGUGUGUGUUCUGUCCAUAUUCACCAAGUGGACAGAGUGGUGUGGCCUAGUCUGGUGGUUACAGACAGACAGACAGACAGAGGCAGACAGACACUUCUCUGUGGCUCAGACAUGACUGACUACUUACUUUUUCAAUAAAAUAAUCUGCUAAAUGGCAUAUCAUAUAUUAUUAUAAGGUGUUCUGGCAUAUUGUGAUAUACUAUUAUGACACAAGGUUGUCGGUUUCUCUUCUGUAGGUUGUUAGUCAGAUCAGUUCCGGAACCUUCAGUUUUAUUUCCAGGCUGAUGUGUGAGAUGACAGGAAACGCAUACUGUUUCCAUCAAUCACGUGUGUUUUCGUGUGUGUGUGUGUGUGUGUGUUCCCCCUGCCCUGGGUUACUCAUCCCUCUCUCCCUGAGGAGAAUGGCCCUUCCUUUUCUCUAAUUCUACAAACUCUUCAUCAAAAAAAUCCAUCUAGAAGCAAAAUCUAGACUCUAAUAGCUGUAUAUCUAGAUUCUAGGCUGUCUAUAUCUAGACUGUCUACCCUGUUUGUAAAUGGACACCCUAGUCCAUCUCCAGAAGAGCCCGUUCCUCAUUGGUCUGUGUCGAAACGGAGCCCCAGUUAACCUGCAGUAUGACAACUCCUCAGAACUGUUCCGUAUCUCGACCUUUGCCCUCUUCCCGACUGCAGCUGUAACAGAGCGCACCCUGGCCAGGGCAGGAUGGUUCUAUACUGGUGUUGGAGACAGGGUGCAGUGUUUCAGGUGUAAUGUGACAGCGGAGGGAUGGCAGACAGGUGACUGUCCUACCGAGAGACACAGACAUCUGUCUCCUUCUUGCGCCUUCAUCCAGAGUCUACCCUCUACUGCCAACCUCCUCUCCUCUUCUCACAGCGCCUUCUCUCCGCUAUGCAACGCGCACGUCAUACCGGUGUCAGGACCUGGCCCUGCCCCCCUCCCCGUCUCUGCCCCGGUGUCCUGUGAACAGCCCAGUGUCCCACCCCCCUCUGGCCCACUGAGCUCCCGAGAAGUAGAGGACAUGUCCCACCAGAGACCCCCUACCUGUCACAACCCCAGUAUGAGGAGAGAGCAGGACCGUCUGGACUCCUUCCACUCCUGGAUCCUGUCCAUCAUCACCCCCUCUGAGCUGGCUAAGGCUGGCUUCUAUUACCUGGGACAGGGAGACCGCGUGGCCUGCUUCACCUGUGGAGGACAGCUCAGUAACUGGGAGCCAGGAGACCGGGCCGUGUCGGAGCACCAGAGACAUUACCCCAACUGUCACUUCGUCAGAGGAGACCGGGCCGACAACGUGUCCAUGGCGGGUGGGGCUAGAGGUGUAGGGGUGCCCCCCGGCCCCCCAGGUCUCAGCAACGUGUCUAACCCAGCCAUGCAGCAGCGUGAGGAGAGGUUGCUGACCUUCGUCCACUGGCCCUUACGUAUCCCCGUGCGCCCUGACCAGCUGGCCAAGGCAGGGUUCUACUACGUCGGGCGAAAUGAUGACGUGAAGUGUUUCUGCUGUGACGGGGGUCUGAGAUGCUGGGAGUCAGGUGACGACCCCUGGGUGGAGCACGCCAAAUGGUUCCCUAGGUGUCAGUACCUGCUCCAGGAGAAAGGUCAGGAGUUUGUCCAUCAGAUCCAGGCUCGCUUCCCUCGGCUCUUUGAACAGCUCUUGACCAAUGGGGACAGCAUCUCCAGGGAGUUUGUGGACCCACCAAUGGUGAACCUGGGUCCAGGUGAGGAGCGGUCAGAAGAUGCAGUGAUGAUGAACACUCCGGUGGUUGUGUCGGCUCUAGAGAUGGGAUUUGAGCGUGGCCUGGUCAAGCAGACGGUCCAGAGUAAGAUCCUGACCAUCGGAGAGAACUACAAGACGGUCCAGGAACUGGUCUCAGACCUGCUGUCUGCCGAGGACCAAAAGAGAGAGGAGGAGAAAGAGAAGCUGACCGAGGAGAUGGCUUCUGAUGGUAAUUCGUUCUUGAAGAGACACCAGGCAGCGUUGGUCCUGCGCCUGAAGAGUGUUGAGUCUGUCCUGGAGCACCUCCGAGAGCAGAAUGUCAUCAGUGGAGAGGAAUACAGUGGUCUCCAGGGCCAGUCCUCCCAGCAGCAGACAGCCAGACUGAUAGACUUGGUCUUGACUAAAGGGAACGCAGCAGCUGAGGUCUUCAGAAACUGGAUCCAGAAGAACGAUGUCUACCUGCUCAGAGACCUUAUGGACCUGCCGAUGGAGGAGCAGCUACGGCGCCUGCAGGAGGAGCGGACCUGCAAGGUGUGUAUGGACAAGGAGGUGAACAUUGUCUUCAUCCCGUGUGGUCACCUGGUGGUCUGUAAGGAGUGUGCUCCCUCUCUGAGGAAAUGUCCCAUCUGCAGAGGACUGGUCAAGGGCACCGUCCGAACCUUCCUCUCCUAGAAGACCGAAGAGGAACCAGGCUUGAUGUUAGGCGCUGGUAGAUCUGUGAAAUAAAAUAAAUAUAUCUCAAAUAAA